AUGAAUCACGGGGGUUUGAACCCGGUUCAUUCGUGUCCGACGCCAGCCCGCAGACGACAUAGGACGACUUUUACACAGGAACAGUUGCAAGAGUUGGAAUCGGCAUUCUCCAAGUCCCAUUAUCCUGAUAUCUACGUCAGAGACGAGUUAGCAAGGAUAACGAAGUUAAAUGAAGCUAGAAUACAGGUCUGGUUUCAAAACAGACGCGCCAAAUAUCGCAAACAAGAAAAA